AUGGCCUCCACGCGCGAGGAGCGGCAACAAAUGCGCCAGCGCGGAGCUGCGACGCGCAAAACCAAGGAGAUCAACUUUGGAUUUUCAUUUGGAGGACCAAGCCUUGGAUUUCCAGAACCUACACAGCCUGCUAUCAUACCUGAGACCACAAUACACCCGCAAACCGAACCUGCCUCCAUAGCUUCAACUCUGCCGCCCCAGGAAGCUUCGUCGCAACCCCAGUCGCAGACAGAUAAUAUCCAGCGCACACCAGGUAGUGCGCGUAACAGUCGCCCGCCUCGUAUUUCUGCGUAUGACAUACCACCUGACGGAGCCCCCGAGCAAAUUCGCAGUAACAAGCGACGAAAGAUUACGAACUCUUCAAAAAUACAACCUGGGCAUGCGAAGGCCCCGACGGAGGCAUCUCAGCAGGAAACCGCGGACAAUGUGCCUGUCCUACCAUCUCCUCCCGCUCCAGAGAUUCAAGAGCCAGAGAGAGCCGAAGAGGCUGGAACCUCGACUGUCAAUGGCAAAGAGAUAGAGGCUUCCACCCCCGAUCUAGCACUCAAUCGGUCCCGCCCAUCAAAGUCCAAAUCCCCGCAGAUCGAAGCAGAAGUUCAACCCAAUGAGCCAUCGUCGAGGAAAUCGCGGCAAAUAAAAUCGCCAAUCCAAACCGACCAAGAAACCGCAGACAACCAGCCAGAGCAAGUUCCGCGGAAAUCUAUAUCGCCUCGGACGAAGAGGGGGAAACAACCCAAGUCAAAUGUGCAAGAAACGCCCAGUGAUUCUGCAGAGGCUCCCGAGACUAGCCACACUCCUACGGCAAAUUCUACAGCCGGCCUCGACGCGUCUGAUGUUGCCGCAAAUGGCAAGCAAACACGCAUAAAGGCGACAGGGAAGAAGACCGCGAAAGAAGCGGCAGCUCAGAUCAACGGCAAUCGCUCGAAAUCACCAAGCACAGAGGGGACAGCACCGGAUACUGCGUCUGAGAAUCAGGAUCAGCAAGCCCAGCCCAGCAAUAUCGCCAAAGGCAAGCGCCCCCGUAGAAACUUUUCACCUGCGAAGGAUUCGAAUAACACCGAGACGGAACCACAACCUCAGAGUCCAGUGGCUUCUGCGUCCACUGCCGGUGAACCAUCUACAACAGGUGCACGCCAAACGCGGAAGCCAGCAAAGAGGAAGAAGACCCAAUCUGAACCUGAGACCAAUCCGGAGGUUGAUGAAGAACCAGAGGCGGAAUCUGCAAAGUCGAAGUCCCGCAAGACUAGAUCAGGAGGGAAAUCUAAACGUGCUCAUGAGCAACAGGCAGAGCCAGAGGCACAAGACGAAGAGGCAUCCCAGGAGCCAGAGCAGGCAAUGGAACCAGAACCACCAAAGCAGCGUCGUCGUCAGGGAAAGAAUGCCAAUCAAAGAACAAGAACAGAAGCGUCUCCGACAGAAGAGCCAUCGGAGGCAGAGGCAGAGGCAGAGGCAGAAGAAUCACGUCCGACACAGCGAAAGUCAAGAGAACCUCGUGGAGAGACUGUACCUGUUACAAUCCAUCGACUUGUUAAUACCUCUGCCCUGGGCACCUUUGAUAUUUCUGCCAAUGACCCUGGAGAGGAAGGAGACAGGCCUACCGAUGAAUCCUCGACCCAACAGAAGACCAAACUUCCAAACCGCGGAGGUGUCAAUCCCGCCGAUGUCUUGAGUCAGAUCUGUCGUGAGACCUUAGAAAAGACGCUGACGACGCUGAAGACUGGAAUUGAGAAUGAAACAAACGCUGCGCGGCGUGCUGAAUGGUCACGCAAGCGCAAAGCCGUUGAGAAUUUUGGCAUGGAGCUAGACGGCCGCCUGUUAGACUUGAGUGAAAUGCUGGACAGCAAUUUUGUGCUUGGUGUGCAACUCAAGAAGGCGAAGCGCGACAUGAUGGAAUUGCGGAGCCACCUCCAUCAGGUGCGGCGGGAGCGAGAAAGUAUAGCUCUACAGAUGGAUCAGGUGCGGAGCAGGCACAUGCAGAAGGAGAAUGAGAAGACGACACGUUCUACUAUCAACAAUUCCAUUCACAGCCUCGAGCUUGCACUCGACCGCAACCAAUAUCGCGGGUCACCAUCGACCGAGCCAUCUUCAACUGAGCUCGAGUUCUUACUUCGGAGUGUGGCUGAGGAAGUGAGCUGCCGCGCCCCUGGAUCACAAGGUGGUCUCCUCCAUCAGAUCCGGUCUUUCAAUGCGCAAUUAGAAUCGACGGCACGACAGCUGGAGAGAUCGUGA